AUGUAGCAAUUGAAAAAAGAAGAAGGAGACCAAUUCGUCAACAAAUUCGUCCGAACUAUGUUAUAAAUUAACGAUUAGUUUUAUUGCUAUGAACCCAUAAAAAUAUUUCUAUUCAUGUUGAGUAUGAGCUAAACCAUAUUUUACCUCUAAUUUCAAACCUAUGAGUUGUGUUAGAAUAACUUUGAUGAAAUAAGUUAAAGCAAGAAGAUUCUCUAUAUAAUUAGACCUGAGUUAAUAUUACUUAAAUAUUUGAAUGAUGAAAUGCUAUUUGCCACACCUUACAUUUUAGUUUUAUUGAUACUAAUCAUGAAAAUCGUAACCUGCCUAAAUAUUCACAAUUAACAUUUAAGAUAUGCUAAAAGAUGGAAUAAAACGACGCAUUUAUAAAUGAUAAUAAUCAAUAUUAUCUCGUUUUACUAGCAGUUAUUUCAUGCUGUAUUACAUUACCCUCUGCAAACUCUUGUUAUUUGUGCUAUUAGUAAAGCAUUGUAACAUAUUUAAAAUUAAAACUCUAAUUACAUAGCUUCAUUGGUUUUUUGCGUUAUUAUAUUUUUGCUUUUGGAAGCUGAAUCAAUAUCAUUAAUAUUUAUUUGUAGAAAAUCUACAACAUUAUAAAUUUUCGCUUUUGAAUAAUUUCUGAUGUCAACUUUUGAUUUUAUAAUAUAUGCCUUGCAAAUAUCAUAAAUUAUCAUUUUUGGAAUUUCAGGUCAAAAUAUUGUGGUGAUUUAUGCGCAACAGUUUCUUAUAAUUUGUAUUGCAAUUCUGAAAAUUUUAAAUUAAUUGCACUACCAAGGUUACAUCUAUCAACAUCAAAGAUACCUCCUUUACAUUAUUAAUUCUGUUAUCCUUAUGUAUUCUCUCUUUUAAUUAAUUGAUCUUUCAAACAAUGCAAUUUUGAUUUGGCCAUUGUUCACAAGUGUGGUAAUCUAUGCCGAUCGUCAAUUCUAAUAUAAUAGUAUUUAUUCCUUAUUCCUUGAAAACUCAACGAACCUCAAAUAUUAUGUCCAUCAACUCAUGAAGAUAUCUAAUAAUUGCUAUUAAGAUGAGAUUCUUCCUAUUCAAUAUACUAUAAUUUGGAUACAACAUAAACUUAAGUGCAAAGAUACUACAUGCUUAUGCAAGGAAUUAAUAUAGAAAGUCUUGAAUCCUUCUCAAACAAAUAUCAUAACAGAGCCAAUUUUCAACUCCUUUGUUUACACCAAAAUUAAUCACAUUAAAAAACUUAUUUAUUCUAAUUAAAAUAAAAAUAAAGUUGAUGCUGCUUUUUAUGAAAUUGUGUAAGCCACUCUCUUUAUGAGAUCCGGUUUCAUUUUGAUGGCAAUCAAAAAUUAUAAUAAAAUUUUAUUUUAAGCUAACGAUUUACAUAGAAGGAGAGUGAUUUCAUAAGAAAAACCACUUAUUUCAUAAAGGAGAGCCAAGAAAAGUUUGAUUGAUUCAUAAUUAUAGGAGAUAAUCAAUAACCAAUAGAAAAAGGGUGAAAAGUAUGAAGUUUAAAGCAAAAACUAUCAAAUAUCUAAUCUUGAGAUUAUUAAAAUUAAAUACAGAAUAACUUAGGCAUAAAUGAAUUUGAAUGAAAAUUUUAGUUCUUACGUAUGUAAUCCAUAAUAACAUCAAAUGUCUGAUUGCAUAUUCUAUUACUUACUGAACGAGUUUGAUUUGAACACAGUAAUUUAGAAGAUAAUUAAUUUAAUUAAAAUGAAAACGGAAUUUUAUUGCUACCUAUUAAAUUCAGAAAAUUUAAAGGGUAAUCAUGUUUUUAAUUCAAUAUCAAAAUUCUCUAAAAACGUUAAUUGUAUUGAAGAUAUACUCUUAAAGAAUUAUAAUAAAUACGCUAGUGCUAAACUGAGGCACUUAAUAAUCUUCUUUUAUUCCAAGAUAUACAAUAGUUAUUUGAAGGCCAUAAAAUUUAAAUAAAUUAAUAACAUCUAACAUGAAAAAUUAAUUUAUAGAAAUCAAACAAUAGAUUUUUACUCUGAUAAAAUUGGAUAUGUUUUAUUGUAAUUAUAAGAUGAUUUAUAGAAUUUGGUAAUCAAGUAAUAUUCUAGUAAUUUUUUAAAAAUAAUUAAUAAAUCAAACGAUGAGAAUAAGUUAAAUUUCUAUGAUGUAUUGCCUGAUUUUAUUAAAGAUGCUCACCCAAUUUUGGUUCAAAGAUUUGUAUAGACCGGUUAAGCUCGAUUUUAUAGAAGUUUGAGUUUGACAUUUAUUUAGUAAGAUAAUGGAUUAGCUAAACAAAUGGAGUAAAGUUUUGACACAAUCACUCUUUUAAGUGAUAACAAAAUUGUUUUUGGUGCUGUGAUUCAAGAUGUUCUAGAUUAGAAAGCAUACUUGUUAGUAAAUGUUAAUGGGAAUCUUUCAGGAAUGACUUUUAUGUGUUUAAGAAAGCUUGGAUUCACAGUUGAGCAGAUUUCAAGUGUUAAUAACUUCUAUUAAUUUUACGAAUUAGAAAUUAAUUAAAUAGUCCCUAAUUUUAAUAGAUUAAUUGAAACUGAUUUUGAAGAAUAAAAGUUUGAUAACAUAAGGAUUAUAUUUCUUGAUCUUUCUUCGAAUAAUUCUUUAGAUGUGAUAACUAAAUCAACUUAAUAAGGAAAUCAAUUAUUAUCUAAAGUUUGGUAGAAUAGUAAUUUGGUAAAAGAGUACUUAGUAGAUUUAUAUAUAAUGAAGAGAAAUGUGUUUGGGUUCUUUUAUUACAUCAUUGAAAUCGAAUCCGCUUAUUAAAUUGAUUAUUCUCAAUAUAAUAGAAAUCAUAAAUCACUUUUGUAAAUUAGAGCCAGCAAUGAAUCAGCAGUCUUUGAUAUUGAUUCUUUAAUCCUCUCACUUUAAGACGUUAAUUCAGAAUUAGAACCUGAAUAUUAAGAGUAAGAAGGAACGAAGAAAAUUAAAUAAGUUACAAAAAAUGCAGAGUUUUAAGGAAUACUAUAAAAAGAGUAAAUAAAUCCAGAUGAUACCAGAAAAUAAAAUUUGAAUGAAUAAUAACCGCAAUUAAUCAAGUAAGUACAAAAUAAGAAUGCCUUACAGCAAUAAGACUUUUUUUGUUUUGGGUCACCAUAAUCUCCGUUAGCAUCUUAGGGCUAAAAUUCGAGUAAUUAGAUUAGAUCUUAAAACUAAAAUUAGCUUGAUGCGAUUUUGGAUUUGAAUUCAGAAUCUAGUUUAAAUUCUAUAAAAAAACCGUCAUUUAUAAAAAGAUUAGAAUCAAUAGAAAGAUUUUAUUCUAGUUUUAAUUCAAAUCAAUAAAAGGUCCUAUUAUUUUCAUUACUUUUAACUUUGAUUGUGUGUUUUAUUUUCUCUAUAUUCAUACUUUCGCUUCUACAGGAUGAUCUUAUGAGCAAAAUUCAAAGUAUUUAAAUGCUUUCUUUUUAAGCUAACAUUUUGGCACCUUAUGAUGAAUAUUUAGGUAUCAGAGCUUAAAUUAAUUAUUACCAAGAAUUGUAUGCCUCUAAUAAAAUCAACUUUAUCGAAUAAUUAGAUUUACUAGAACCACUUUAUUCGGUAAUAGACAUAGACUAUAAUGAACUAAGGCAGAAUUCAUAUUCAUCCUUAUUGGAGAAAGAUUUGAGCGGUUUUUUCAAGGAUUUAUAUACAGAUGCCUUUUUUAUGGGUACAAGUGACAAAACAGUUUAUUCUAAAAAUAUUACAUUUAGGGAAUUCAUACAUCAAUUACUAAGUUAUUAGUAUGAUUAUAAAAAUAUAUUGGAUAAAAGAAGUUCUUCAAAGGGUUGUCCUUGUUAGGUUUUCUAAUUUUCAAAUUAUUUUAUUUUGGAAUAAAAUUUAGAAUAGAUUUCGUAAGAAAUAUUAACAUUUUCGAAAAGCAAUAGCGAUUAAAUAGUUAAUAAAUGGUGGUCAAUCUGGAUAUCAUUUGUAAUAGUAUGUUUUUUACUUUGUAUUUUGAUUUAUUACUUAAGAAUGGUGCUGGCUUUAUAGUGUGAUACGAUAAUGUAAAUUGUAACACGUAUCUAGGAAUAAAGUUUGAAGAGAGAAAUAGAAAAUCAAAAGAAUUUAAUUUUGGGUAUUAUUUCAGAUAAUGAUUUAAUAAAUACGUAUUAAUUGGAUGAUUAAGUUGAGAAAUAGUAAGUUGAUACUAAAAUUGAAAAUAUGCAGUUUAGAAAACCAAAAAGAAAAGAACUAAUUCGAACAUCUAAAUUAAAGUCUAUAGUAUUGUCAUUAAUACUCCUAUUUAUAUAUUUUGUGUAUUCAAGUAUUGCGAUUUUUUCAAGUCAAAAUUUUUUGAAUCUUUACGAAUCAACUUAAGAAUUAUAUAAAUUGAUAGCUGAUUUAUCGUUUAGAAGUGGAAAUUUAUUUUUAUAUAGAGAGAUGAUCAUAUAAUGGUAAAAUGAAACCUAUCUAAAUAAAUCUGAUGGAUAGAAGUUGUACAAUCUAAUUGAUGAUGCUGAAAAAAUUAUUCUAGACUACAUUGAUUUGGCUCCCCGUGUUUCUUUAGAUGGUCUGCUGAUAUCUUAAGAGUUUCUUACUCUAUUUGAGGAAGUACAGAAUAAUGAUGUUUGCAACUAUUUGGAUGAAUAAUAUGAGUAAGUGUUUGGAUAGUAUUGUUUAAAGUCUCUGGAGGGGUCUUUAAUGAAAGGAAUGUUAACUACUCUCCCAUAUAUUUAUCAAACAAUAAAGAAUUAAUAAGCUAUUAACAACUUUACAUUUAGAGCAGAAGACAUCUUCUAUGAAGUUGAGGGUGGUCAAAUAGUUAGUAGAGUGUUUUCAAACAUAAAGCAGGAGUUAUAAGAUGGAAUAAUUGCUAAGACUGAAAAGUUUAAUUUUCAAAAUAGGAUAUUUUCAAUUCUCUUUCUUUUAGCUUUAUUUUCGAUAUGCUUUUAUAUUUUAUUUAUUUAUUAUAAUAAUAUUUAGCAGAAUCUCAAAAUGAUGAAAUUUAGUGUUUUCAUGAUCCCCUAAAAAGAUAUUCUCCAAAAUGACAUAUUUGAGAAGUGCUUAAAAUAAAUUGAAAUGAAAUUAGGUUAUAAAUUAUGA